AUGGAAAAGUUUGAAGUGCUGGUCGCUGUCGAGAGACUGGCCUUCUCGUGGCCAGUUAUCACUGGUAAAGAUGUGGAAUUAAGGGGUCUAUUGAGCAGAUUGGAAGAAGUUGGCCUGGAUUUAUUUGAAUCUCCACAUUACGCUUUAUUUUUUGGUGAAAGAGAACAAAGAAGUGCAUUAUCUCAUUCAGAUAAAUCAGAUAGAUCUCAAUGUUCAAACGUUUUGGUACUGCGGAAAGCAUUAGCUCAUCAAUAUGCUACUGCCAUAACAUUGCUGGAAUCUGCUAAUUUGCGAGUGGUUAACUAUGUGGAAAAAUGCAGGCAAAUGAUGAGAAUACACGUUCUUGCAAAUAGUUUUCUAAGUGUUAGUGAUUUGGAUACUAGGCUUCGAUUAUACCUUCGAAGUAGACCUUCGCAGAAUACAUACGACCAAGAAUCGGAAUACAUCUUGGAAUGCAAGUUACUAACAUUUGCCUCAUUAUUCCUUCGAGGCAACUAUUUUGAUGCAGCGCAUUACUUUACGAAGCUGUAUUGCGAAAGCGGCGAUGUACUUGAUUAUUUGCUGUGCCCAGAGAAGGUUAAAGAUAUUUUUAUAACCAAUGAAGAGUAUCUUUUAAUGAUUAUCAUAUCAAUGCUUUUAUCUGUUCCAUUGGAAAACUACAGGCAGUUGUUGAGUUCUCAGGCUACGCAGAAGAUGUUCCAGAGAAUUCCCCUUCUACUAAAAUGCCUUACAUUAUUGAGUAAUACAAGAUAUCAUGAAUUCUUCGUGAUUUGGCAAGAUGAUCUCGAGCGGCAGGCCCAAGGAAGUUAUUUUAUCUCGCCUAGAUGGCAACGAAUAAGUACCUUAAUGAGAUGUAAAGUGAUAUUCUUGUAUUUGAAAAUAUCGAAUGUGAUCUAUGUGUCUUACCUAUCUAAGGUUUUAGGUAUCUCGAAAGAAGCAAUACUUGAUGAUGUUGCCAAGCUUAUUAGCAGAUUCAAUCUUAAUUUCGCAAUAGAAGGCAAUACCAUAUAUUUUAAAGAGCAAUCGCCUAUCUGUGACAUUAUCUCAGGUAUUAAAACAGCUUCUGACAGAAUUGAUGCAAGAAACAUGAUGUUGCAGCAGAAAAACGAAGCAAUUAAGGAAUUUGUUCAACAGACAUACACCGAACAAGGUACUGGCUCCUCUGUGGGCAAUCAAUAG